CUCUCUCUCUCUCUCUCUCCAAAGAUUUAGUUAAUUAUGCGAUUUCCUAAUCAAAAUCAAAGCAAACUCAUCAAAUUUGUGCCAAGUGUAGUCCAUCACAUUUCCGGUUAAUUCAUCAAAGUGUUUGUAGAGUGCCUCAUUUUCUCUCCCCUCCUAGCUACAUGUUGGUGUGGCCAGUCCAUCUCUGCCUUCCUCACAAUAGAGGGAAAGAGAGAGUCCUGCGGAGGGGUUAUUGGAGGCCAUUUUUUCUCAACAACCUCUCUAAAAUAGACACAACUUUUGUUGCUCUUGAAUAUAAUGGAUUCUCAAUAUCACCUCUUUGGUUGCCAAUUGGAUUUUUCAAUUGGUUUUUAAGUACAAAACUCUAACUCCUGUGCACUCAUUACAUAUAUGUACAUAUAUAAACACACACAAUGCAUUCGAGGUUUAGAACUUUGGUGCACAAUGACCAUUUCUUAAAGCUCCUAAAAAACCAAAAAUUUCGCUUCAUCAGCCCCGAACUCUACGACACUUCGGCUACCGCUGGCCGUGUGAUCACCAGCAAAGCGGCGGUCGCAUGGGAAGCAGGAAAGCCAUUGGUGAUAGAGAAGGUAGAGGUUGCUCCACCCCAGGCUAAUGAAGUGAGGGUCAAAAUCAAAUAUACCUCACUUUGUCACACUGAUGUCCACUUCUGGGAAGCCAAGGGCCAGACUGGUCUCUUCCCCCGAAUAUUCGGUCAUGAAGCAGCUGGAGUCGUUGAGAGUGUUGGGGACGGCGUUAAAAACCUCAAGCCUGGGGAUCAUGUACUUCCAGUUUUCACAGGGGAGUGUGGGGAUUGCGUGCAUUGCAAGUCUGAGGAAAGCAAUAUGUGUGACCUGCUGAGAAUCAAUACAGAUAGAGGAGUUAUGAUUGGUGAUGGGAAACAAAGGUUUUCCAAGAAUGGGACUCCUAUUAAUCACUUUCUUGGCACAUCUACCUUCAGUGAAUAUACAGUCAUCCAUGAAGGCUGCCUUGCCAAGAUCGAUCCGUCAGCACCGCUAGACAAAGUCUGCAUCCUCAGUUGUGGUGUCGCAACAGGAUUAGGUGCUACUCUGAAAGUGGCAAAACCAAAGAAGGGAUCUUCAGUUGCUGUCUUUGGACUUGGGGCUGUUGGCCUGGCAGCUGCUGAAGGUGCAAGAAUUUCUGGGGCAUCAAGGAUUAUUGGGGUUGACUUGAAUCCCAAGAGGCUUGAGGAAGCCAAGAACUUUGGAGUAAAUGAGUUCGUGAACCCAAGGGACCAUAUCAAGCCAGUGCAACAGAUUAUUGCUGAGAUGACCAACGGUGGAGUCGACAGAAGCAUAGAGUGCACCGGCAACAUUAAUUCGAUUAUCUCCGCUUUUGAAUGUGUUCAUGAUGGUUGGGGUGUGGCCGUUCUUGUAGGAGUGCCAAGCCCAGAUGCAAUCUUCAAGACUAACCCCUUCAAUUUCCUUGAUGAAAGAACCCUUAAGGGAACCUCUUUCGGGAACUACAAACCUCGGACUGACCUUCCCUCUGUUGUGGACAUGUAUAUGAACAAAAAACUUGAAGUAGAGAAGUUUAUAACUCAUCGAGUUCCUUUCUCACAGAUCAACAAAGCCUUUGACUACAUGUUGAGGGGGGAAGGCUUGCGGUGCAUCAUUAGCAUGGAAGAGUAGGAUUAAUAUCAGAUAGAAAUAAAUAAAAAACUUUAAUUAUUUUUCUUUGCUGAAUAAGUUCAAAAAUUCAACAAGGUGUGAUUAAAAAAAAAAAAAAAUUUCACUCCUUAUGAUUUUAAACUUGUUUUUUUUAAUUGCUUGUUUCUUGAGGGAAAAUGCGAGAAAAUGGAGGGGUGGAGAGGGGGCUUCGAAGUU